UUAAGGGCGCGUGCACUGCGAGAAGAGGAAGUAAAUGGAAGAAAAGUAUGUGACAGAGUCAAGAGCCAACUGCUGCUGCUCUGGAACUGCUGACCGUUUGUGGCGGUUAAACUGCCGUUUGGCUUUCUGCUAACAUCGCUCCGACUCUUCUAGUGGUGCAAGGGCUCAAGAUCUAAGUAGAGCAGGCUAAGAUCAAAGGUGAGAGGACACCAUGUCCAGCGACCAAUCGGAUGGCUCCAUGGGCGAGCAGUCCCUUAAUUUUGUGGUGGGCCACUUUUCCUCAGAACUGCACAUAAGUGAGUCAGGUGACGACGACUAUGACUUCCAGUCACAAACAUCUGUCAAACCCCAUCCUGAAAUGGGCAUGUCCCAGCAGGAUCUAGUCGAUGGGAUGCUGCUGGUGCCCCAGCAUGUGGAUUUAAGUACACAAAGUCCAGUGGCAUUGAAGGUGGGCACCCAGCAGCUCAUCCCCAAGAAUUUAGCCGUGUCCAGCCGGCCUAGAAACCGUCACCACACCACAGUUGUGACAUUCCCAGUAGGACUGGAGAACUCCGGCAGCGGGUCUCGGACUCGUCACUCAGCAGAGGGACCAGACAUGUCCUGGGAGGAUUACGACAGCGAUGGAGAAGGCUUCGCCUUAAGGAGGAACCGUCGGAACAAAUCAUAUAGGGCUGCUGUCACUAGCCUGGAUAUUGAAGCCAUGGCAAAGAAUAAAGGGGGUGUGGCCACAUUGAAGCCUGUCAGAGAGGUCAGCGGCACCAGUCCUCUUCCAGCUCGCAGCCCUGGACGCAAGAGAACCCUGGGCAGAAAGAGGUACCAGAAGCACAGUGGAUCCUUCAAAAAUGCGACACCGCGACUCUACCAGGAGAUCCGCGAGCGAGGCCUCCACGCCAGCAGUCAGGACGAACUGCUGGAUGACUUUGUGGUGGUGGAGGCUCCAGUGGAGGACCAGGACAUCGUGGUGCAAAGCUACCGACCGGCUCAGCUGACCUGGAGCCAGCUCCCGCAGGUGAAGGACACCGGGAUCCUGGACUGGAUCUCACCUCAGGAGAGAAAAAGACAAGAGGCCAUUUUUGAGAUCAUCACAUCAGAGCAUUCGUACCUGCACAGCUUGGGCAUCCUCGUUCGUCACUUCAAGAGCAGCGAGGCUUUGAAGGCGACCAUGACCACCACAGAACACCACCACCUCUUCUCCAACAUCGCCGUUAUCCACCAAGUCAGCAAACGGUUUUUUGAGGACCUUGAGCGGCGUCACUAUGACAACCCGGUGAUCCGGGACAUCAGUGAUAUCGUGCAGAACCACGCUGCCCACCACUUCCAUCCAUACAUCGUGUACUGCUCCAACGAAACCUUCCAGCAGAGGACGCUGCAGAAGCUGCUAUCCAGCAACACCACGUUCAAGGAGACGCUGAAGCAGAUAGAGUCCAGCAGCGAGUGUGGAGGCCUGCCCAUGAUCUCCUUCCUCAUCUUGCCCAUGCAGCGGGUCACCAGGCUGCCGCUGUUGCUGGACACAAUCUGCCAGAAAACUCAGGACAAGACGGCGGAGUACUUCGCUGCCGUCUGGGCGCUGAAAGCCAUCAGCAAGCUAGUUGCGAGCUGCAAUGAUGGAGCUCGGCGGAUGGAGAGGACGGAGCAGAUGUACACCAUCCAGAAACAAAUGGACUUCGGGAAGAUCAAGCCAUUCCCGUUGGUGUCAUCAUCGCGGUGGUUGAAGAAACACGGCGAGCUCGCCAUCUGCGCUGAAGAGCUCAGCAUCUGGAGGGCCUUCAGUAACAGGAGCUACUACCUGUUUCUCUUCAACGAUGUUCUGAUUGUCACCAAGAAGAAGAGUGAGGAGAGCUUCGUGGUGAUGGACUACGCCACUCUGGAGAAUGUGGCGGUUGUGGAAGACCUGGAGGGACCGAAGACUUCACCCUCAAAGACAAACUUCUAUCUGACCUUCAAGCUGCUGAUGAGCAGGAACAGCGAGGGCAGAGCAGAGCAGCUCUCCCUGGUGGCAGAGACCAGGGUGGAUCGGGCACGUUGGAUUGUUGCUCUUACAGAGCACAAACAGGCGGGCGGCUUCCCUUGUAAAGAGGGUCUGCCCCAGUACGAGGCCACCAAAGCGUACAUGCCCAAAGAGCCGGACGAGGUCGGGCUGCAGCAGGCGGAGCUGGUCAUCGUCCUGCAGAAAGAAGAGGCGUGGUGCUACGGCGAGAGGAUGCGAGACGGAGAGCGAGGCUGGUUUCCUGCCAGCUGUGCCACUGAGAUCACCAACCCAACCGCUAUUGAGAAUAACAUGCAGCGCAUGAAGCGCCUGCGCAGAGAGACAAACGUUUGAGCCCCAACCACAGAAAAUUCUGUUGAACAUCACGGCACGACGUGACGCAACUCAACACCGAGACUCGGGCCAGAGACAUGAUUAAAUCUAAUUAUUACCAACAGAAAGCUUACUGUUUUAAGAAAACCUGCCCUGUUAUGUUACAGCGGCAGGGUUUACUUUUAUCCCACGUGUACAGGUUUUGCUGUGUAAUGUUGGUAUUUGUACACAUGUAGUGUCAUCUGUACACUUUUUUUUUUUGACUUGGUGCCUCAAAGAUGAGUAAUUUGUAAUAUAGAUUACAUGUCUUAUUAAAGCUCAUUGUUAUAUUUCAGUGUGUUUUUAAGAUGAGUUUGGGUUGUGGUAUAAAGGGUAUGUAUACUCUAAAUGUAGAUCAUGACACCGUACCACUGUUUAACUUGAAAUAUUUGAGUCUGUCUCUAAAUAGCUGUGAUAUGGCAUGUGGAAGCUUAUUCUGUGUUGCCCUCAAAGAAUAAAUAAAAAAAAAAACUCUUGGGACAAGUCUCCUGGCUUCUGGACUUUUUUUAUUUGAGCUUGCAUUUUUAAAAUGUUUGAAUACAUAAAAAGUUAUUCAAAAGUGUCAAACUGACCAGAUAUCAAAUUUCAUUUUAAAAACCAUUUGGUGUAAAAACUUAGGACAGAUU